CACGCGCUCAAGCCUCUUGCUGCUCUUAGGGCUGCGCUUUGCCUUGGGUUUUCACUUCCUUCUCUUCCGAGCUGUAUCCGGGUCGUUGCUUUCUCUAUUGUCUCAGGCAAUCGACCUCGGACUGUGCAAAUUCAUUUCUGGGUCUUUUGUUUCUUCUGGUGCAGGCUAAUAAAGUUUUUCUUUCUUUUAUUUUUUUCUAACAGUUUUAACGGAGGAAAUUAACUCCCCCAGAGCUGCCGGGGCCUAAGGGAGCCUCCGGCAGGGGAGCGCCGUGGGAAGGGGCGCGAGCAGCCGGGGCCGGUUCGGCGAGGACUAGGGGGCGGGGUGGGGGGCGGGAGGGGCUGUUCUUGAGGCGCCCGGGUCCGGUCGGCGGCGCUGCCGCCGAUUUUAAGUAGCAUCUUUCGGAUUUGUUCCCGCGGUAUCAGUCCAGACCUCAGCGCUGCCUAGGCUCUCGCAGCCUCUCCCUAGGUCUCCUCCAAACGACCACCUCACGGAUUCCUUAUGGAUCGCAGCUCCAAGAGGAGGCAGGUGAAGCCUUUGGCAGCUUCUCUGCUAGAAGCUCUCGAUUAUGAUAGUUCAGAUGACAGUGAUUUUAAAGUUGGAGAUGCCUCAGAUUCUGAAGGAAGUGGUAAUGGAAGUGAAGAUCCUUCAAAGGACAGUGGAGAAGGUUCCUGUAGUGAUUCUGAAGAAAAUAUUUUAGAAGAAGAACUGAAUGAAGAUAUUAAAGUAAAAGAGGAACAACUUAAAAAUUCUGCAGAGGAAGAAAUACUGUCAUCAGAAAAACAGUUAAUUAAAAUGGAAAAGAAGGAGGAAGAAGAAAAUGGAGAAAGACCUAGAAAGAAAAAGGAGAAAGAGAAGGAAAAAGAGAAGGAGAAAGAAAAGGAGAAAGAGAAGGAGAGAGAGGAUAAAGAAAAAGCAACAGUAUCUGAUAAUGUGGCUGCUUCUGCUGCUGCCACCGCACCAGCCACAAGUCCUGCUGUUAACACAUCUCCUUCAGUCCCCACUGCAGCAACCACUACAGAGGAGCAAGUCAGUGAGCCAAAAAAGUGGAACCUUCGUCGAAAUCGACCACUUUUGGAUUUUGUUUCCAUGGAAGAGCUGAAUGAUAUGGAUGACUAUGACAGCGAAGAUGACAAUGAUUGGCGACCUACUGUAGUAAAGAGAAAGGGGAGAUCUGCAUCUCAGAAAGAAGGAAGUGAUGGAGACAAUGAAGAUGAUGAAGAUGAGGGAAGUGUGAGUGACGAGGAUGAGAAUGAUGAAGGCAAUGAUGAAGAUCAUAGCAGCCCUGCCAGUGAAGGGGGUUGCAAGAAGAAGAAGAGUAAAGUUCUUAGCAGAAACAGUGCCGAUGAUGAGGAACUGACCAAUGAUAGCCUGACACUAUCUCAAAGCAAGAGUAAUGAGGACUCGCUGAUUCUUGAGAAGAGUCAAAACUGGAGUUCUCAAAAAAUGGACCACAUUCUGAUUUGCUGUGUUUGUCUUGGAGAUAAUAGCGAGGAUGCUGAUGAAAUAAUUCAGUGUGACAAUUGUGGCAUUACAGUCCAUGAAGGUUGCUAUGGAGUUGAUGGAGAGAGUGACUCUAUUAUGAGUUCAGCUUCUGAAAACUCCACGGAACCUUGGUUUUGUGAUGCCUGUAAAUGUGGUGUUUCCCCUAGCUGUGAACUGUGUCCUAAUCAGGAUGGAAUUUUCAAGGAGACAGAUGCUGGAAGAUGGGUUCACAUUGUAUGUGCCCUAUAUGUUCCUGGAGUAGCCUUUGGAGAUAUUGACAAAUUACGACCAGUAACACUAACAGAAAUGAACUAUUCCAAAUAUGGUGCCAAGGAGUGUAGCUUCUGUGAAGACCCUCGUUUUGCUAGAACUGGAGUUUGUAUUAGCUGCGAUGCAGGGAUGUGCAGAGCCUAUUUCCAUGUGACCUGUGCCCAGAAGGAAGGUCUGCUUUCAGAGGCAGCAGCAGAAGAGGAUAUAGCAGAUCCAUUUUUUGCUUAUUGUAAGCAGCAUGCAGAUAGGUUAGACAGAAAAUGGAAGAGAAAAAACUAUUUGGCUCUACAAUCCUAUUGUAAAAUGUCUUUGCAAGAGAGGGAGAAGCAACUGUCACCAGAAGCACAGGCAAGAAUCAAUGCCCGGCUUCAGCAGUAUCGUGCCAAAGCAGAACUAGCUCGAUCUACCAGACCUCAGGCCUGGGUUCCAAGGGAAAAAUUGCCCAGACCACUCACUAGCAGUGCUUCAGCCAUUCGUAAGCUGAUGCGGAAAGCAGAGCUAAUGGGGAUCAGUACUGAUAUCUUUCCAGUGGACAAUUCAGAUACUAGUUCUAGUGUGGACGGAAGGAGAAAGCAUAAGCAACCUGCUCUCACUGCUGAUUUUGUGAAUUAUUACUUUGAGAGAAAUAUGCGCAUGAUUCAAAUUCAGGAAAAUAUGGCUGAACAAAAGAAUAUAAAGGAUAAAUUAGAGAAUGAACAGGAAAAACUUCAUGUGGAAUAUAAUAAGCUAUGUGAAUCUUUAGAAGAACUGCAGAAUCUGAAUGGAAAACUUCGAAGCGAAGGGCAAGGAAUAUGGGCCUUACUAGGCAGAAUCACAGGGCAGAAGUUGAACAUACCGGCAAUUUUGCGAGCACCCAAGGAGAGAAAGCCAAGUAAAAAAGAAGGAGGCGCACAAAAGACAUCUAUCCUUCCUGCAGUACUUUAUAGUUGUGGAAUUUGUAAGAAGAACCACGAUCAGCAUCUUCUUUUAUUGUGUGAUACCUGUAAACUUCAUUACCACCUUGGAUGUCUGGACCCUCCUCUUACGAGGAUGCCAAGAAAGACCAAGAACAGUUACUGGCAGUGUUCAGAAUGUGACCAGGCAGGGAGCAGUGACAUGGAAGCAGACAUGGCCAUGGAAACCUUACCAGAUGGGACCAAACGGUCAAGGAGGCAGAUUAAGGAACCAGUGAAAUUUGUUCCACAGGAUAUGCCUCCAGAACCCAAGAAGAUUCCAAUAAGAAACACGAGAACCAGAGGACGAAAGCGAAGCUUCAUUCCUGAAGAAGAAAAACAUGAGGAAAGAAUUCCUAGAGAGAGAAGGCAGAGGCAGUCUGUGUUACAAAAGAAGCCUAAGGCUGAAGAUUUAAGAACUGAAUGUGCAACUUGCAAGGGAACUGGAGACAAUGAAAAUCUUGUCAGAUACCCUUCAUGAGACCCAACUCUGCCACAGCUCAUCCUCGGAGGCAAUCCUGGAAACCUCUUUUAUAAGUGUGAUUUUAAAAAUGUGGAUAACACUCUCAAUAGAGUACAUAAAGUAAAGGAGAACAGCUAUCUUGUCCUUCCCAUAAGCUUAUCACUGCAAAAAGUUGCCUUUGCUUGUCAGGUUUGGAUAGAAUGUAAUUGAUUGGUUUGUUGCUUGGACUGACAAGGCAGUUAAUUUGCCUGUGUGGAUUUUUUUCUAUAUUUUUCUUCUUCUUCUUCUUUUUUUUUUUUCCUUGCACUAAUCAGAAACAUUUGAUAUGUGCAUUGUUGAAUAAUGGUAGAUAAUGUCUUGUCAGAAUUGUCCUAUUAAGUAAUGUCUUUCCCUCUUGCUUCUUUGGCAAAUGAUGAUAUGCAGUGUUUGGACUUACUGAAGAGUUUUGGAAGCCUGUGGGACUUAAAUGCAAUGUGCUACUCAUUGUUGUUGAACAAUACCAGUAACAAACAAGAAAGACAAUGCAUUCCACUAGUCUGCUACUCUAUUUCAUCCAAUUUAAAACAUAUAUUCAUAUGUGAAAUAUUACAUUGGGAAACAACUAUAGACUCUUAUUUAAUGGUUAUUCCUAUUUAUAAUAUUCAGCAAACGUGAAAAACUUGUGAAGCAUAUGCCAUUCUAGUUUUGGCUCAUUAGUCCUAGUGUGAAAGCACUAAUAUUAUUAGCAUGAAACUUUUACAACUUCAAAUUUUAAGCUCAUUAGUAAAAUAUAUCUGUGUUGAUCUCUAGAUAUUUUUUAGUAAUACCCAAUUUUAUUCAGUCUUCAUUGAUUUAAUACGAACUUUCUGUGUUCGAUAUAAUUUUAUUUUUCGUGACCUUAAAUUUGAGGUUAUGAAAUAAGGAGGGAGAUUCAAAGCUUAAUGACUAUACAACCUGCCAACUGAAAGUUCUUCAUCAACAUCUAUAUUUUUCCAGAGGUUUACAGAAUUAAAAUUUGAUCUUCAAGUUUUAAUGAUCCAGUUUUAAAUCAACGACAGAAAUAUGUUGAAUAUUCCAUCACUCCAUCUUGAACUGAUUUAGAAGAGACUCUUGGCUGAAAUUAAAAUGUACAUAUACAUGUAAUUGUUAACUUGUUUCUUGAAAUUUCCUGAUUUAUAAAUGUGGUUUGGACUUCUUUUCAGGUAUAGUGGCAAUUGAAAAUAGUUUAAACGUUAGGAAUAGAAUAGGCGAUGUUUAGAUAAGCAAAAGCAAGUGCAAGUAUGAAAUUGCUGUAUGCCAGUAAUCUGUAGUUACAGUAAGGAACCUUAUUGGAUAAGAUGUUUAAUAAAAGAAAUAUGUAUAUACAAUAUGUAUAAACUGAGAUUAUUAACUUCUCAAAAGAUCUUUUAACAUUGGAGGAAAAUUAUUAAUAAAUAGCAUGUAGCAAAACCAGUAGGCAUUUUUUUUUUCUGGAAUAAGGACUCAUUAUCUCUAUGUGAGCUGAAGAGAAAGUUGAUAAUUAUUACUGUUGCUUAAUUGUAAUAGAUAAUAAGUAAAAUGACAGAUUGCCAUUUCCUUAAAAGAAUAUGCUAAUGUUCCUCACCCUCCUUUGAUAUAUGGUAAGAAAUUACUAGUGGGUCAUUUUAUUUUAGAUUUUUUGAGAAACCAUUAAGCCUUGUGGUUUUGGUGUCACUAUUCAAAAUCCUUUCCACCUGGUUUUAAUUAGAAUACUACAUAAUCAUCAUUCUCUAUCUUAAAAUCUUCAGUGGUAGAUAUGCUAUUCCAUAUUUGUUGCUAACCCUAAAAUCUUUGUCACACAUCACAAAUACAAAUCUCAUAAUUUAUAAGAUCAUUGGUACUGCAAACAUGUAAGAGAACUUUUAAAGGGAGUAGAAUUAAACAUUUUCUCCUCAUAAUCUCCCGAGUGCUCUCAUAUUUCCACAGUAUAUAAUUAACUCGUUUCCAUGAUUGGUCCAAUUCCUAUUCAAAGGAGAUAUUAAUGUGCCCUUAAAAAAAUAGGUACAAAAUGAUAUGUAUUUCACAGAUGUGUGAAAUUGGUAGGUUAGGUAAAUGAUGGCUAUUUCUCAUAAAGUAGAGAGAGGAAAAAUAUACUAAUUCUAUCAGGAAGGAAAUUAAGUGAUUCAGAAGUACAGGAAGAAUGACAUAGUAGUAUAUCUAGUGGUGAUUCUCAAACUUUAUAGUGCAUCAGAGUCACAGGAAGGAUUUGUUAAAACACAGAUUGCUGUCCAUUCCAUCUUUUUAUUAUCCUCUUCCCUACCUUACUCCUCCUGUCUCCCUCCAGUUUCUGAUUCAGUAGGUCUGGGAUGAGGCUUGAAAAUUUGCAUUUUUAACAAGUUCCUGAGUGAUACUGAUGGCCAGGGACCACCACUUUGAGAACCAUUUGUAUAUCAUAGUUUUUAAAAGAAUCAUUGUGUUGUGGUUACAUAAUUGAUAGAAGAUGGCAUUAAUGUCUUUAAAAGAGCCCUUAAGUUUUCCAAAUAUAUUUGUUUCUAGAUAAGUUUAUAGGAGCUGUAUCUAUAACAUACACUGUCUUUCUUUUUACAAAUUCAUUUAAGCAAUUUUUUUUUACUUUUUAAGUUUUUAAUUUUAAUUAUUAUAGGGGCAACACUAUUUUAUGUAACUAAUUUAUGAAAUUAGUCAAAGAACAUAGCCUUUGUACAUAAUUCACUACUUCGUUUAUUUAAAAAAAGGUUGGAAAUUUGGGUUAUGUUUGAAUAUGCAAGGGUUAGCUUUAACCUUUAUCCAUCUUUAGUUUAGAAAGGAUAUUUAUGUAUCACUUACAUACCAUCAUUAUUCAUGUAUUGCUUGAUGUUUAUCUGACUUUACACUAUGAUAUUAAAAAUAGAUUAGUGACCAAUAAAUAAUAGUUAUUGUCAUUAUCCUAUUUCAUUGUUUAUACUUCCUAUCACUUAAUGAGACCACUCUUUUUUAAACAGUGUUCCUUAUUUUACAAAACUUACCACUCUUUUACUUGAUUCACAAUAUGGAAUUAUUUUAUGAAUAUUUCAGCAAAAUCUAUUCAAGGAGUUGUAGAAGGACUUUCUACGGCAGAGUGGAAUGUAAUGUUUAAAAAAUUUUUUUUUUUUUAACUUCUGAAACUAUUUUUGACAAUUGAAACUUGUUUGAGAGACUCAGCUUUAGGGUUGCAUGUAUAUGAAGAUAGAUUUUUUUCCUACCUGUCUGAGUCAGCACUAUGUAAAAUUACAUACUAUUAAGGAUUGUGAUUAAAAGUAUUUCUGAGAUGGACAUGGUUUGCAAAUACUUUCUCUGUAAGAACAUAGGCCUCUUUCUCCCAGUGCUCACUCUUAAGACUUUCUGCAGACCUGCUGAUAAGAUUCACUGCUGUUCAGGUACAUAAGAUAUAAUGAAAUUGGAUGUUCAUGCUGGGUUUUGUAAAUAAAAUGAGAUUGACCCCCAGCUAUCAUCUCAUUUAUCUGAUUUACAUUGUAAAAUCAGGAUUUACACUAUUGAUUAGAGCAUAAUUAGUUAAUUAUGAGCAGGGAGAUACAAAGUUAUGUGGGGCUUGAGCACAGCAGGUUGUACUGCUGAAAAAUUUCCAAGGGCAUGAGCAGAUGGAGAUCAGUUUAUUAAAAAACAGAGCAGACGUGUUUCAGGUAUGGAAAUGUCUCAUCAUUCUCUCAUGCUAUGAGGCGGUACUUGACCUUAAUUAUGUAUUUUUAUAUGAAUUCUUUUUGUUUCAUGUUUUAUUUUUUUGUUUCCCUUUGGCUCUUGUAAUCUGGCUGUUACAGAUGUAGCUAACUGAAUUGAUGUUAUUAUUUUAGUUAUCAUUAAAUAUGAAUUUGGAUUUCAGUAAUUAUCCAGAUACUUUUUUCAGUUAAUAUACUUUCAUGGGUAAAGAAUAUUUUUGUCUUUCUUACCACUCAUUCAUUCAUUAUUGCCUGUGAUAAAAAUAGAGGUCUAUAGUGGCACUAAGGAAAAAUGUUGAAGAUCUCCACAUUAGUCUUAUAUUUGUGAGAUAUGAUCUAAAGUACGUUUUCGAAUUAUUUCAUUUACUAAAUGGUCGUAUAGAUAGUUUGCACUGAAAUUGUAAAAUACAAGGAGUAAAAUGUCUUUACUGAUAUGAAAUGUUAUUAUGAUUGGUAGAAUACAAAAUUUUGUUUAAGCUUGUAUUAUUUUAAAAGUUAUUUAACUCAUGGGCCACAGUGCAGCAUUUUCUCCAUCCGUUAAUAUGAGUAAUUGAAAUAAUUGGCUACUAUUCAAUGAAAGAAUCUAUCACUACCAUUAAUAGAUUUGUGUAGGUGUUUUAAGCUGCUAGUGAAUUUUAUUUAAGUAAUGUUAAUAUUAAUUCUUUUGAUCUUUCUUAUAUAGAAGUUUUGCACAGAGAUCAUGAAAAAGUAAGGAACCCCAACCCAUCAGUUCUCUCAAUAUUUAGUCUGUUUCCUUUUGAGUGAAGAGAUGUAAUAGUAUAUAUUUUCAAUCAGUAUUUUACCGUAUAUAGACAUGGACCUAAAUAAAAUGUUCCUUGACAUAAAAAAUAGUUGUGAUUAUGAAUCAACUUGAUAAAAAAAAUGUACAUUCCUUUUCAAGUCCCAUGUAUGGAUUUUUCUUCUUCUGAAAUUUAGCUUGUAAGUUGGCUAUAAGUUACAUGCAUAGGAGGUGCACUCAAUUGUUUCAGUUAGUUUAAAAAUAGUUAUUUAGUGUAUUCUAAUGAAAUUAUCAAUUGGAAAUUAAAAGGGUUAAAGAAAUCCUUUGGAAUAUUGGUUUUUAGCCUCUUUCUUGGUAUAGGCAGAAAUAAAUCAGUUGUUUCUUUUUACUUGUAUUCAUGUCCUCAGUAAUCAGGUAAACCAAGGACUACAUGUUGUAUGGAUCUUAGACAUGAACAUAAGUCAUUUUCUUCCUCUUCUUUGUCUAGGGUGCUAUACUUAACCAUAUACUAAGUAAGUAUUUUAAAUACAUAUAGAAUUGUGUUUAUAUCUGCUUUAUUAUUUAUAUUGUAUCCUUUAUGAAUCUGAUACCUAGGAAGUUAUAUUUAGUAAUAAUCUAAUUUAAAAAUCAGGUUUCCUUUCAUCUUAAUAAGUGGGAUUCAUUUUAUCUAUUAAAACUGUGAUUUUAGAAUGCGCUAUAGUGUUAACGUGUACAAUAUUUAUUAGGUGUUUAAAGGAUACUUCUUUAAGCAUUCAAUUUGUACUUUAUUUAAAAAAUCCAUAGUAUUUAUUUAUAGGUUAAUUUAAUAUUCUCUUUUAAAUAUUUUAAGAUACUGCCUUUCUACCUAGUAUAUGU